AUGGCUUACAACCAUGGAUACAAUUACGAUGCCCAAAGUAUACGACCCGACGACAGCAUCAGCCGUCGAGGCGACCAGGCCAGUGUCAGGAGCGCCGACAUGAACGACACUGGACCAUCAUCCGACGACGAUCCGGCAGACUCGCAUGUAUCGCAGGCGACUUUCAAGAAUGACCCUCCGACAACUCCCCCAUCGCGACAUGGCUCCUUCGGCGCAGCGCAGAUUCAAACACCGACGACCUUUGUCACGAGCAAGAAGGAGAGAGUGAGGUAUAGCUGGCAGUCCAUCCACGAGGACGAGCCCAACAGGCCAAGGAUCAACAUUGUCAAGAUUGUCUCCAACACCGCCACAGCAUCAGCCGCCUCUCCUCAGGGUGAAUCUCUGGCCUUUUCGCUGUCCCCAGCCGGAAAGAGGAUCGCUGCGUACAACUCAGCUAGGCUAUUCGUCUUUCAGACCGCAGCACUGCCGGUAAACGUGUCGCAUGAAUACGCCCUACGACGACGACCCCUGGCUGUCGACAUCUGUGACGACGCUCAUGUGCUUGCCGUACUCGUCGACGAGCACACCAUCAAUGUAUACCAUCUGUCGCGUAAUAAUGCUCGUCGCGUCAGGACCGUACGGACUGAUCUCCCGACAUCUACCAUCGCCUUGUCAUCCACAGGCGGUCUGCUAGCCACAGCUUAUGAGGGAGGAGUCGAAGUCUUUUCUCUGGCUCCCAGUGCUCUCAUCACUGAUCGUCGUGCUGUGAGAGCCCCGAAGAUGGACAAACUGGUCUUCUCUCACGAUGACUCGACACUGCUUGGAACAACGACCCGUAUCUUCACUUCUUCCACACUCGUCGUAUCUGUACCCGUGUUUUCUACCACUUCUUCCGGCGAUCCUUCGCAUGAGGAGCUUCAGGAAGCUUGGUGUACAGGUAUGCUAGAACCGCAGAACAUCAAGAACAGCAGUCACGCCACUUUCAUGCGCGAGGACGGCGCCAUGACCAACGACAAACUUUUUGCCUGGAAUGGCCUUGAAGACACGUUUGGCGUGCUUCAUACUCAAGAUAUGGUUUAUGAUCAAGUCGACUUUCCAGUCGCCAUUUCACCUCCACUAUCGACGUGUGGAGGACUUGGUGCCGCCAUACAUCAUUGUCCGUCCAUCGACGAGCACGGCAAGAUUGUGGCCAUGAUUGUCAAUGAUCGUACAGUCCGCUUGUACCUCGUCCCGACUGACACUGUAGAUGGCGUUUCAAAGAUUGAAGCACACAGCAUCGAUCAUGAACUGGACGAAGAAUAUGGAUGCCCCUUCACAGAUCUCCGCUGGGUACACUCGCGCCUUAAUAUGCCAGCCUCUGCACAUUCACCUCAUCAAAUCCGGGGUCGAUUGGUCGUAACUAGUCCAGGAUCUUUGAUUGAUGCAGACCAAGCAGAAGCGAGUGUGCAAGACGUGGAGGGUGGUCGAAUUAUCUUGUUCGACUUUGAUCCGCAGUUUGCCGGUCAGCCUGGCCAGACCUUUGUUUUUCAUGUCGGAAAAGCUCCACCAGUAUUGCUUGAAGAAGAGAAGAUGGAUGUCGCAGAUGAGAUUGCUUUGGUAAGGAGACGCACAGUGACUUCGACUCGAAGCAAUACACUCGGCAAGAAAACAUCGUCCCUCGGCAGAGCUGCGACUACUGUGUCACGACGCCAGGACGAGUCUUCCAAUCGCAACAGCGGCUCAGCCGGACUCAUACAACAGUUGACAGUGCAAACUACGCCCUGGAGGAGCAGCCGCAGGGUGAACUCUUCUAUCAUCUCUCUCUCUGCUGAUGCUGCUCGCUCACUACCUGAUCUACUCGAAGCAAGCGAAUCAGCUGCAGAAUCGAUAGAGCAGCCGUAUACUCAAGGAGCCCCUCGUUCAUAUCUUUCAAUGGAGCGUGCGACUACAGCCACCAAUGCGCAUCGAUUCCAGACACUAGAGGAGCGAGAAACGGAGGCAGAUCAGCCAGGCGACUUGCCUUUGCCGGCUUAUACUGAGCACCCGAAUCAACCACUGCCUGGCAAGUAUCGCGCUUUGGCAGGACUGGACAUCCCCACGCGUGGGCAGUUUGAGAGAAGUCCCGUAUCGGCAAUUGCUACAGCGCCUCCGACAUUCCAGGAGCAUCGCUUCCCUCCACCGACUUCAGCAUUGUCGCCUGCACAUGCAUUAUCUCAUCACAUGAACUCAUAUGGUCAAUCUGUUAGUCCGGUGAACCCUACCACAAACAUGGCUCCCCGAAGCAACUACAUUCCUAGUCCAGCAACAGCACAAUCAGGAACGUACAUGACGCUUCGCACGCAACCUUCUUGGGAGACCAUCAAUACGAGUGUGCAGACCACACCGCAUAGACCGUCGACUUUGCGAACCCAACCAAGCUGGGAGAGUGGCGGGACCUUGAGUUUCUUCUCUCCGGAGAUAUCCCAAGGUACUAGGACAGUGCCCACGAGUCCUGAACAUAUGCGACCACCUCAAAUGAUGCAAGGGCUGGGUCUACAAGAUUAUCGCCAUUCAAUGUUACUUCCUCAAAAUCGGAGUACGGAAGAGCGACCACGUACCACCGCUUCGGAUCCGCAAGUACGAGAGGAAGGGCCAGAGUACAUUCAUCACAGACCUCCUCACGUCAACGCUAUGCAAGCGGUCAACUACGCAGCAGCCAACAACCUCAUGCCCAGCACUAUCGCAGCCGAGCGUACAUCCGCGGGAGCUGUCAGCGCUAUCAGCACGAUCUCCGGCUCCAGCUCGAACCCCCCUCGUCCAGCUACCUCAACAGGCGCAGUAGGCUACCAAGUAACAGCUUGGUUCCCACCUCGCCCACCAUCCCCUAUCGACGACCGCCCAUCUCUGACCUCUCGCUCCAAAUCCGCUGGCAUAAUGCCUUCACGGCCACUGACUAGACCCAUUCACACUUCGCGAGAAAACACUCUAGAUACGGAAAUCAUGAAGCCAGAUCUACGGAGGAUUGGAAGAGAGGAUCGGAGGGGAGAUAUUACCGACGAUCGGGAGGGGUGUUAG